AUGGCCAAUAACAGAAAGCUGACAAAUGCUGCUAUGGAGCUGUUAUAUUUUAAAGAUUUGGUCCGCGGCGGGUUCCAACCGCGCCUUCCGACUACGCUGCCGCCCCCAGGGCAGCAGCAGCACCCGUCGCCGCUACCACGCCGACAGCCCGUCCCGUUGAUGCCUCCCGCGCAGCUUCAUCCGGGAGCGCCCCAGGUGGUCGCUCCGGCGCCUGCGGUCCCUCUUCAGUCGCCACCGCCAUCGGAGCUGAUGGACGUCGACCCCUCAGCUGGGCCGCCUUCCCAAGCGGUGGCUGUGCUGCCUGUCCUGCAGCCGCUUUCCUUGGGCACCCCCAAGGAGUCUGACACCGCAGCGCCCUGUCCGGCGCCCACUCAGCAGCCGUCGACGCAGCGUCAGGAGACGCUGCCUCUCUUCGUGGGUCCCGACGCCCCGUCGCGUCCGACGCAGUAUACAGCGAGAGUUCAGAGGGCUCCAUACAUAGUAUGGUCUGUCGCCUCCUAA